AGUACUGUACUACUCAUCUGUCGCCGCAUGACACCUCCCCUGAAAAUUCGUAACGACGCCCCCCCCCCCCCUUGCAAAAACUAAGGAGGCUGGGGAGCAUGUGAGAGUCUGCACGUAGUCCUUUUAGGUCUUGGCUUGUCCAGCCACAAAAAGGAGCAGUAGAUGUCCAAGUGAGUCGAGACAUUUCGUCAGAUAGGACCACCGACACCACGCUCGACCUCCCCCAUCUCCCUACGCACUUCAUCAACGAGCCUACCGAACACUGGGACACUUUUUUUCUACACCCACGAUGCAUUUUUUCAGGAAGCUGCUGCCAUGUUGGUGUUUCCUGUUGCUGAGCUGUCAGCCGUCGCUGUCGGCGCACGACUUUUUCACCUCGAUCGGCCAAAUGACGGAUCUGUUGUUCACGGAGAAAGAUCUCGUCACAUCCCUCAAGGACUACAUCCAAGCUGAGGAGAACAAAUUGGAGCGGGUCAAAAGGUGGGCAGAUAAACUGGAAUCGUUGUCGGCCACGGCCACACAAGACCCCGAGGGCUUCCUGGGGCACCCGGUCAAUGCCUUUAAGCUGAUGAAGAGGCUCAACACCGAGUGGGGGGAUCUGGAGAGUCUCGUCCUCAGCGACACCACCGAUGGUUUUAUUUCCAACUUGACCAUCCAGAGGCGGUACUUCCCGACGGAUGACGACCAGACUGGCGCGGCCAAAGCUCUCCUCCGAUUACAAGACACAUACAAACUGGAUGCCAACACCAUCUCCACAGGAAACCUACCUGGGGCCAAGCACAAGACUCUCAUGACGGCAGAGGACUGUCACGAGCUGGGAAAAAUCGCCUACACGGAUGUCGACUACUACCACACGGAGCUGUGGAUGGCGCAGGCCCUGAAACAGCUCGACGACGGUGAAGAGUCCACUGUGGAUAAGGUCACCGUGCUGGACUAUCUCAGUUAUGCCAUCUACCAGCAAGGGGAGUUGGAGCGCGCCCUGGGGUACACCAAGAGACUCCUUGAACUCGACCCAGAACAUCAGCGAGCCAAAGGCAACGUGAAGUACUUUGAGUUCCAGCUGGAGAAGCAGAGAAAGGCGAAAAAAGAGGACGCGGCCACUGAGAAGGAGCCCGAGAAGAAAGAGACACCCGUCACGAAGAAGCAGAAGCAGAAGAAGGACAGGAAAACCUUCACUCUGAUGCCUGAGAGGAAGAAGUACGAAAUGCUGUGUCGCGGGGAAGGCAUCAAAAUGACUCCCCGUAGGGAAAGCCGACUGUUCUGCCGUUACUAUGACAACAAUCGCAACCCCUUCUAUGUGCUGGGACCGGUCAAGCAGCAAGAUGAGUGGGACAGCCCCUACUUAGUCCGCUUCCUCAACAUCAUCUCUGACAAAGAAAUUGCCAAGGUCAAAGAACUGGCAAAGCCGAGGUUAAGGCGAGCCACGGUGCAUGACCCCCAAACUGGGAAGCUCACUACAGCCCAAUACAGAGUCUCCAAGAGCGCUUGGCUCACAGGCUAUGAAGAUCCCGUUAUUGAAAAAAUUAACCAGAGGAUCGAGGAUCUUACCGGCUUGGAAAUGGAUACAGCAGAAGAGCUGCAGGUUGCAAACUACGGUGUUGGCGGUCAGUACGAGCCUCACUUUGACUUCGGAAGGAAAGAUGAGCCCGAUGCCUUCAAAGAGCUCGGAACGGGCAACCGCAUAGCAACGUGGCUCUUCUACAUGAGUGAUGUUGCAGCAGGGGGCGCCACAGUAUUCCCUGAUGUCGGAGCGUCGAUUCGACCCCAAAAGGGUUCUGCAGUGUUCUGGUACAAUCUCUUUCCCAAUGGGGAGGGCGACUACAGCACGCGACAUGCUGCUUGUCCUGUUUUGGUGGGCAACAAGUGGGUAUCAAACAAAUGGAUUCAUGAACGAGGCCAAGAGUGGCGGCGACCAUGUGGUCUAAAUGAGACUGAUUGAUUGAAGCAAAAACAACUCCCGGCCCAGAGCCACCCUGCUGCCGAUCACAGAUGACACUACAUGGAUGCUUGGGGGGGUCCAUAUGGCACACAUUCCCCAAGCUCCAACACUCCCUUCAUUUCGCAGCCCAAGAGAUUGUUUGGAAUCAGGACAGCGUCGGCGUCGCUGCGAUAGAUAGCUCCCGGAUUGCCACACUGUGACCUGCAGCUAUGCUAUCCUUCUGUAGCAGGACCCCCCAACCCCCACUCCACUUCACCCUUCCACCACUCCUGUCAGUUGGCAUUCUUCAGAAGCCUGACUCCUUCACUCCUUCACACACCUCCUCGCGAGUUUACACUAUUUCAUUGCACGGCAAUUUGCAAAGCGAGCGCCGCUAGCUCACAGCGCGCGAUGCGCAAGUUGCUCUUCUCUUCAGGGCGUGGGGACAUCAUGAAAAAAAAGGAAUCGAUUUUUGUCAUGGAUGACGAAGUGAUGAAAAGCUUUUUUAAAAUAAUAGCUCUUAAUCAGCACAGUUGAGAGAUGUGGUUAGCACGUUUGACUCACUGUUCUGAGGUUUUGGGUUUGAAUCUGUGAUGUGGAGCUUUCAUGUUCUCGUGCGCAUUUUUCGGGUUUUCUCCUGGUACUUCUUUCCACAUCUGAUUAAAAAAAUAUAUAUAUUAAAAAAACACGCACAUUGAAGAUUCUAAAUUGACCAAAGGUGUGAAUGGUUGAUUAUCUAUUAUGUGUGUCAGAAAAGUUUUAGGACUUGCGUUUCAAACACAAACUACAGGUUAACUACAAUCAACCAGCAUGUCUACAAUUUUGUUAUUCUGAGAUACAAAGUCCACUUCAGACCACCGCUGCUAAAUAGCGGCACCACACGUAACCCCCCCACCCCCCCACAGAAUAACAAGGAAGGUCAAUCGAUUCGGUCCAGUUGGUUUGGGCUCACAUUGUCCGUUUGCAGAUUAUAUGAAGAGCAAGUGUUGCCACUGUGUGUUUUAAUACAGUACAAGGACAUUGUUUGGGGUGCUGGGGUGGGGAAAGGUGGUUUGAGAUACAAGCGUGGUCAUGUAACGAUUUGAACUCAUGUCUCAAGGCACCCUAUUCCAGUGGAACCUCGCAUAGUUCAGCAGCUGGGUUCACCGAGUCGUGGAUUUUUUUUUUUCAAUUUUGGAUCAAAGUCACUUUUUUUCGUGGAGAUUUAUUAUUGGUAGUUUUGACAGUGGGGUUUUCAUGUUUUUCAAUGCAGCUAUAAUGACAAUUAGCCGAUGUUCGCAAUUCGCGUGCUGUCCUGGUCCCAUGAAGGUCCACUGUAUAACUUUGUGAUACCAGUCCUGGAACUUUUCUGGCACACCCAUGUCGAUGAAAAAUGGAGAUGGAUGAACAUAGCCACUUGAACACACAUCCAACAUAAAAUCAAGCGUUUGAUGUCCAAUUCAAACACACUCCCGGUGGUUUGCCUUUUUUUUUUUUUAAAUAUUGGGUUUUGCGAGGAAACAAUCAUUUUAUUUAUACGAUCCAAACCAUUUUUUGUGUUAAUGUUAUGGCAGUCCUCAUUGAUUAUAGUUUGUAAGACAUUAAAAGUUGUUUGUAUGAA